AAUCUUUCACUUAACAUCAUGGGUGUAUUUUUACAAACCCAACUGACGUAUACUGCGAGGGACAAGUUUCAAUGUCGUCUACUUCAGAGCUGUAUGACUUCGCAAACACGUCAAGACAAACUCCAGGAUGGAUGCAGCAUCAUGGGUGAUCUGUGCCGUACAUGUACCUACAAAACAUCCUUAUGGAUUCUUGUUAGUUUGUAUCACUUUCAUGUAUGGUGCAUUGUUCAGAGAUCAGAAGCCAGUGGGACAGUGUACUCACGAGGGAAUCACUGGGCCGUAGGUCACUUGAUGGGAAAAAAAAGCCUUGACAGUCUGUCUGGAUCAGAGGAGAGCAACACUAGAGAUGGCGACUAUGUAUAUGUACAGUCUGCAGAGGAAGAAAAGCAUUUGGAUGAAUAUGUGCAGCCAUCCAAGCUAGUACAAGCCUUCCUCAGGGCUCUGGGGGGACUGGAGAACCAGACUCAGAGACAUAGACGGAGUCCCUUUCAUCCGGAGCUCCCAAAGAUGGUACAGAAGGACAGAGAGAGAUACCACAAACAGCGACUGGCUAGUGUCAGCUGAAGACAGACAGGCAGCUCUAGAUUGCAUCUCUUACUAGAUGAAUUACACUACACAAAGACUAUAACAGUUUAAAGAAUUGUAUCCAGCACACCUGUUUCCAAUAUAACAGUGUAUAACAGAGGACAAUAAUUACAUAUCUUUAUCUACUAUGUAUUGUAUGCUACUCAAAAUACAUUUCUUUCAUCAACACUCAUGUGUAAAGAACAUUUAAUAAAUCUAAAAUUAUUGUGAUAACU